AUGUUGCCCUGGCUGCAGUCUAUGGUUCAGCCAUGCCUCACAUGCGAGCCUUGCCGGGCUGAUGGGCGCGACCGAAGGCGAGAUGAGGAGGAGCUCACGAAGCUGCGGCGUCGCAAGAGGAAGCCCUUUGUUCCCCGGCUGCCUGAAAAUGCCAGGCACCAGGUGGAAUUGGUCUUCUCUCCCCUGGCCGGCAUGCAGGGCUUGCUGGGCUACCACUCCUCAGUGCUCAUUGAUGGGGAGGAGUACUACUUCACGCCCAGCGGCAUCCGCUGCUAUCCCAAGCUCUCCAGCCACAAGCGAACGUCAGACGUGGAGCGAAUCCACGUGGGGGAAAGUCAGCUGGGGGGCACCAUUCUGCUGGAUGUGCUAAGCAAGCAUUUUCAGCCCCGCACCUACGACCUGCUGCGGAAGAACUGCAACAAUUUCACGGCCCGCUGGCUCGGCGACAGUGAUGAAGCAGAGCGCUUCGAUGCUGCGUGGCAGGGCUGGCAGAGGGCCUUGCGCAAGGCGCAGGCACAGCCGGAUGAGCCGCCGCCAGAACUGCCCAUGGGCAAAAAGGGGCAGAUACCUGCGGUGUGCUUGCCCUGCGAGCUGCCGGUUCCGCCUGGUCUUUUCGAGGUACCAUGGUACUACGAUGAGCGCUGGCAUCAGCGAUCCAGCUCAGCCAAGCUGAUCUCUUCCGCUGCCUUCCUGGCGGCGUCCUGCCUUUGGCACUGCAUGCCCCGGCUGCGGCGCUAUCGCGAGAUCCACCCCUCUGAGAGGCCCAAGUUCGCUGCCGCGCUGGGCCGGAUCGUGGGGCGCUUGCUGCCGCAGCAUGGGGUGCUUUGUGUGGAGAAGCCCUACUUGGAUGGAUUCGUGGAGGGCUUGGCCGAGACAGUGAAGGCGGACUUCAUCCUACUUGCAGUCAAUGGCGGCGACGCGCCCUUGACCCUGCCUCAGCAGCAGCACAUCGCGGCGCUGCCAGGGCUUCAGGCCUGCUUCGCCAUGAACCUCCACUGCUCAUGUGAUGCUCGCUUUGCCCCGCUGCCCAUUGGUUUGCCUCAGCACGCGGACGGCCUUCACCGUGGCAACCUGCGGGCGGCCGGCGAGGCCGAGGCAGCGAUCGCGCGCUGCAUUUCGGGGGCAGCCCCCUGGCAUUUGCGCGACGGGCGCUUGCUGGUCACACCCAUGCAGGCCAGCCGUUUGCGGAGCAGAUAUGUGGAGCGGCUUACGCAGCCAGAGUUUGCGGCCUUGGUGAGGGUGGUAAAGACGAGGCUGAGCUUCGAGGCCUUCCUGCAGCUCCUGGCCGAGCAUCGGGCGGUGCUGUCGCCCCCGGGGCGAGGGCACGACUGCUACCGCACCUGGCAAGCGCUGGCUGUUGGCACAGCUCCUCUGGUUGUGGAGGAUCCGCUCUUUGACCAGCGCCUCUACUCGAGUGCCGGUUUGCAGACCAUUCCUGCGCCAGAGCAGCUCACGCCCGAGUCUUUGUCGCUCUUGUUGCAGCAGCUCUCCCCGCCUGCAGCGCAGCGGGUUCAGAUGGAGCCCCUCCGCGUGAUUGGCGCGCUUGUGGUACUGGCAGGAGCGCUGGCAGGUGCCAAGAUGGAGUCCGAGGGUCGCGUAACGAUCAUGGCUGCCUUGUGCAUAGAGCCAGCCAGCUCGUCGAAGCUGAAGCGCUUGGCUGCAGAGCGCAUUGUGCAAGGAGAGCGGCCGCCGCGCAACCCGGCGCCAAGCGGCCAUGACAAGCCAGUUGAGCCCAAAGUUCAGGAUCACAUCACGUCCUCUAGUUUUGACACUGUCUUCAUCUUGCUGCGCAAGCUGCGACGCGUCUGCGGCAGCUUUGCCAAGCGAUGGGAGCAAAAGCGGCCGUUCGACUGCGGGCUUUGGCUGCUCACGGGCCAGCGACUGGAGUCUCGCCUGCGCAGCGUGGAGAGCCUCGGCCUCGCAGCGGAAGCCGUGAAGCUUGUGCAGAUCUUGACAGGCGGCCGCUAUGCGCCCAAUGAGAAGGCUGCCAGCUACGACCAUGAAGCAACAGUCGCAGCUCUCACAGAGAUCAGGCAGCUGCUAAGCAAGGAACUGGGGAAACACAUCCCGCCGGGAAGUUUGCUCUAA